GCACACUACGCAGAGUGAAACAUAAACUACACCCGCCAAUGCCUGCCAGGAAGGGGCUAUUAGCGCCCCAAAAUACUUUUCUGGAUACAAUAGCAACACGCUUUGACGGAACACACUCUAAUUUCGUUCUUGGCAAUGCACAGGUUAGUGGAUAUCCAAUUGUAUACUGUUCUGAUGGGUUUGUGGAGCUUUCUGGAUUUUCGCGAGCGCAAAUUAUGCAAAAAGGCUGUGCUUGUCGGUUUCUCUAUGGCCCGGAGACGAAGGAAGAACAUAAAAACCAAAUUGAAAGCAGUCUCGAUGGAAAAAAUGAGCUGAAGUUGGAAGUGAUAUUCUAUAAAAAGAAUGGUACGCCGUUUUGGUGUUUGCUGGAUAUCGUACCUAUCAAAAAUGAGAAACGAGAGGUUGUGUUAUUUCUUGCCUCCCAUAAGGACGUUACUACUGCGAAAAUGUCCGAAAUGUCGAUGUCGGACGAGUGCGAUAGUGCUGCUUUAUUGGGAGCUCGAUUUCGAUCCGCUGAAACCUCUUUGCUUGCAGACGAUGGGGCAGAGGAUGAGAGUUUGGAAAUUCCACCGGGAGUAAACAUGGGCCGCAGGCGUUCGCGCGCGGUGCUGUAUCAACUUUCGGGUCAUUACAAACCGGAAAAAAUGAAGACUAAAAUCAAACUUAAUAGUAAUAUAUUACAUUCUAGCGAAGCCCCGCUACCUGAGUAUAAAACGCAAGCCUUGAAAAAAUCACGCUUUAUUCUAUCGCACUACGGGAUGUUUAAGGGAUGUUGGGACUGGAUGAUUUUAGUGGCCACUUUUUACGUAGCCGUCGCCGUACCUUACAACGCUGCUUUCGUUAAAACUGAUCGUCUUACUAUGGCAUCUGACGUAAUUGUUGAAGCUUUAUUUAUUGUUGAUAUUUUAGUAAAUUUUCGCACGACGUAUGUAUCGCGCAAGGGAGAGGUUGUAUCAGAUUCUAAAAGUAUAUCUGUUAACUAUCUAAAAGGUUGGUUCGUGGUUGAUCUGCUGGCGGCCCUGCCGUUUGAUCAUCUAUACGCGAGUAAUGUUAUUAGUGGAGAGGAAUCUCACAUUCAUUUAGUAAAAUUAACACGAUUGCUAAGGCUGGCACGAUUGCUUCAAAAGAUGGACAGAUAUUCGCAAUACACGGCUAUGAUUUUAACGCUGCUGAUGCUAUGCUUCUCUUUAGUUGCACACUGGCUAGCUUGCAUUUGGUAUGUGAUAGCAGAAAAAGAAAGACUCGUUAAUGACGUUGACUGGGAUAUUGGCUGGAUUCAUACUUUGGCGGAGCGAUUAAAGAUUCCAGUGACGAACGUAACACAGGGUGAAGCGUAUAUUACUGCCUUGUACUUCACAUUCACCAGUCUGACAUCGGUUGGUUUCGGCAACGUGUCACCCACAACUAUCACCGAGAAAAUAUUUAGCAUCGUUAUGAUGCUAAUUGGUGCUCUAAUGCAUGCUGUGGUAUUUGGAAACGUGACAGCUAUUAUACAAAGGAUGUAUUCACGACGUUCCCUUUACCAGAGCAAGUGGCGUGAUUUAAAAGAUUUCAUCGCGUUGCAUCAGAUGCCGAAAGAGUUGAAACAGCGUAUGCAGGACUAUUUUCAAACGAUGUGGUCACUGAAUCAUGGAAUCGAUAUAUACGAGAUUUUGAAGGAAUUUCCAGAGGAGUUAAGAGGUGAUAUCUCGAUGCAUCUACACCGAGAGAUUUUGCAACUACCGAUAUUCGAAUCGGCGUCGCAAGGCUGCUUGAAGCUUCUAUCACUGCAUAUCAAGGCUAAUUUUUGUGCUCCGGGUGAAUAUUUAAUUCACAAAGGUGAUGCAUUAAGCUAUAUAUACUAUAUUUGUAAUGGAUCCAUGGAGGUGAUGCAGAACAAUAUGGUUGUCGCCAUUUUAGGAAAAGGUGAUUUAGUUGGUUGUGAUAUAAGUGUCCACUUACUGCAUAGCAGUCAGGGGAAUUCCGGCAAUCCAGGCUCACAAGACGCUAUUGUGAAAAGCAGUGGAGAUGUUAAGGCUCUUACAUAUUGUGAUUUGAAAAGUAUCCAUAUGAAUGGACUGGUAGACGUUUUGCGGCUUUAUCCGGAGUACCAACAAGAGUUUGCUAACGACAUUCAGCAUGAUCUUACUUAUAACCUGCGUGAGGGAUAUGAAGCGGAAGAGGAAACGGAUAAUAAUACCCCAUGCCUUGCGUUGCCGUCCAUUAGCGAAGACGAUGAAAAUCAAUCGGACGUGGAAUCGAACACGACAUCUCCGUUAAAUACAUCGCUGAGCAAAUCACCCGCACAUAACACAACAGCUAGUCCGCGACACGCGAAACUUGUGCACAGUCGUAACAAAUCGUUGGUGGCUCUGAGAGAACGUGUCGAGCGUCAACGAUCAGUGCAGGCUGCUAUUAAUCCUAUAACCGAGAGCAAUAACUCUAUUGAGGGACUGAACCUGGAGCUUCGCAGCAAAGAAAAAACUCAUCCAGCAAGGGCUUCGGUUGAACGGUUAGAUACACAGGUUACCUCGUUACACAAUGAUGUAGCAGCGCUUAGUAUAGAGGUUCGGAAUGCAAUUCAGGCUCUUCAGGAAAUGACCUAUUCUACUAUAAAUUCCCAAUUCGAUUUAGGACACUUUCCGCCCGCACGAUCGAUACCUAACUUACAGAACGGUGCUAUGGGUAUUUUGCGAGAUACGAAUGGGGCAUUAGCACGCAGUAGUUCUCAUCCGCCAGAGAUGUGGUGCAGAGAAAUGAAUGCCUUCGGUGAAGCUAUACCUAGUCCCAAUGGAACUGAAACUUUCUCCGAACAUAUGUAUCGGCGGAAAUCGAUAAUGUCUCAGAAAUAUUCAGAGGAGAUGUCUUGUUCAACGCAGACUGAAAAUGUGAUUGAUUUUGAAACAUUAGAAAAAGUAGUUUUAACGCAUCCCCAUUUAGUGCUAAAAAUUUUAGGUAUCAAUACUGUGUUUAACAAUGACACUGAUGUGAAACUUUACCCAUUGAAUACCAUCUCGGAGUUGGCAAGUUCGAGAGAGACAAUCGCACCAAAGGUGCAAAGCACAAACAAUCAUAACAAUAAAACAAACACCAAUGUAUCUAAACAAGGUAACGACAGCGACUCAUUAAACACUCGUAACAAUUCUAUUGACUUAAGUGCGGAUUCCGACAGAAUUAUCAACAAUAAUAACAAUAAUAACAUAUCUUCUCUAACACCACUUAACACAGAGACUUUACCACUGUUGAUACCAGACUCAGACGUCAGUUUAGGGCUCACGGGUGGAACUUGUUGUUCUAUACUAAUAGAUGAAAAUGUUAACAUGUUGAAGCAAUCAGUUGGCAAUCACGUUUUGCGUCGACAAGAACGAGUUCCAGUCAAAAACCGUUUUUCAGCUGGAGAUGUCGACACGCUUGAGAAAGGGCUGAAAAAUCUUCCAUCCUCGCGCUCCCUUGGUGGUAGCUGAGAAACAAUUCAGUCCCAAUCAGUUACAUACGAGUAUUAUGAGUGAACAAUAGGUUCAAUAUUCAUAGAGUGAAGCAUUAGAUUACUAUUUAGUGAGAACACUCUUCCUAAUAAUAAUUUGUAGCAUUAUGUGUAUUUCAUUUUUCGGAUCGAUUUUCGAGUGACAAUCAGGUGUUUCAUAUGAAAAAAAAAAACCGAAAGAAUCAACGAUUUUAACGUCAUUUGUAAUUGAAUAUUGAGUUUUUAUCAUAAGCUGCUCCAGUUUCUCUUGAAAUAUUCAACAGUGUUAAAUUUUCCAAUGAGCCCUUACAAUCGACGGUGGUACUGAUAUCCAUAACUAGAGUAUUUUGCACCACUCUCAUGCAUCUCUUUUACUAUUACUUAUACUCAAGACAUCGACUUUGUUUUGCCGAGCUCACAAACAAGUUAGUUUUUUAUAUAAAGUCUUGUGAUGUGUACAUUGGAAACUUCUCCAUUGCCUAAUCUUGAGUUAUGAAAACUUUCGCUGAAUGAUAUGCAACAUGUAGCAUAAAAUUGUAGUAUAUUUGUUAUUUUAAUUGAUUUACUUUUAAAUAAACAAACGUAAAUAAUGCUAGUAA